GUGAUUCGAGUGUGGCAGAGUGAGGCCUGCGGCGCGGCGCAGCGAUGUUGUCGAUGUGGCGGCAGUGGGCGCGGCGCGGGCGGUGGCGCGCGCUGGCGCUGGCGGCGGCGGCGCUGUGCGCGCUGUGCGUGCGCGUGCCGGCGCAGCGCUCCGCCGACCUGCGCGUGCCGGGCCGCGCGCCCGCCGAGCUCGCGCACUGGCUCGCCGACUUCUCCAACCAGCUCGAUAUAUCUUCUUGGAGCGUUGAGGACGACCACAGCAACUACACGACGUGGCGCUACUCGGUGUCGUUCUCGUGCGGGCCGGGCUGCCGCGGCCGCGGGGCCGUGCUGGCCGCGGACGAGCCGGCCGGCGCCGCGCCGCAGCACGGCCGCGCCGCGCGUGCGCACCGCGUGUCGCUCGUGCGCCGCGACUGCACGGCGCUGCCGCUGCUGCCCUGGCCGCAGCUCUGCGAUGAGCUGGAGCUGCGAGCCGAGGUGUCGGGCGGCGGGGGCGGCGGCGCGCGGCUGCAGUGGGCGGCGCGCACAAACUGCGGCGCGCUAGGCUGGGCGAGCGGGGCGUGCGCGCGCCGCCUGCAGCGCCACCACGAGCACGCGCUGCAGCGCCUGCUGCACGCCGCGCCGCGCGCCUCCUGAGGCUCCACACUACUCACUUUCAUAAAAACCAACUUCUAAUACGUGUCACAUA